AUGGACAAUCCAAUAACAAGAAUCAAGUGCAUUGGCGAUAUGUUUGAGCAGCUUUCGCUUCCACUCCCACUCUUUGGAACGCCAAUUCCGGGUCCACUGACGUUUUCUUUCCACUGGCUUACCAAAGAACCAGUCAUCGAGAUUCACCACACCGACUGGAUUACCGAUAUCAUGUCAAAACUUGGCCCAGCAUGUCAAGACACUGUCGGAAGGCAUAUUAUUUCCCUCAAGGCGGCGGUCCUCGCGCUCUACCACCUGGGCGAUCGAGACUCACUGGUUCCGAAGGAGCAUAUCAAUGGGGCAUUUCGGGCUUUAAAGGAAAAGUUGUUAUACUGUGCGAUUCAAACCCGAAUCCAGGGCAAUUUGCAACGGUACACGACCCUUUUGCCCCUGGCAUGCAUUGGAGAACUGAUUGUCUUGACCCUGCGCUCUCCAAGUUCCACGGUUAGAGGCCACCUCUGCGUCCUUCCAAUCGACUGGGCUGGCCAGAGAGAUCGAUGGCAUGACUUCGCAGAUGAGGUGGUCAAUGAUGAUGCAUUUUGGCAACUGGUGGUCACGCUCGCGCACAGCAUCGUCGCUGGCUCCAUUAGCUGGAAUUCCGCUGUUCUUGGAAAUAUUGUUUCGCCAUCCCUUCCUCAGCGGGACGAAAGACUCGCGGCCCUGUCCACACUCCAAAAGAUUGCCAAGUUACCGCCGUCGGAACCCAUCGCAAAUCUGAAAUUUACCGCCGAGGAAUUACAAGGUUUCAUGCACCCGAUCUUGCCACCGGGUCACGGCCUACUGCAGCCGACCUGGAUUGAAGGCCAACAAAGUCUUGAAUCGACACCAAUAGCGACCAUCGCCUCCGAACUUGAGAAGCUUGGGUUUCCUCUGGACAUGGAAGUGCUCCUUGCCCGCCGACGUCAACUUCUGGCUGCCUUGCAUCGCCACCAGAUUCAAGCCGGGCCGAUUAACCUGCCCAUGAGCAUGCCAUUGCUCCGAGAGUAUUCUCGUCUCCGCAACGAAGUGGUAGUUGAGCUGGGAAACUCGGUUCGCACUACCUUCAUGGAAACGAUCCUAGACAUCGUCGUCAUCAGCCGUUGUGAAAAACUUGUCGCCUUUCUGAACAUCUGGUCCCAGUCAUUGGAGGCCGAGAGUUUGAUCUCCAAGGUGCACGCUGCACUUCAUGGAGAAUCUUCCCACGGCAACAACAUGCUACCUCAUAACGACAACUUGCUAUUACUUGUGGCUGGGUAUGAGAUUCAGCGCCAUUUCGAGCCCGGGGUACAAACCGCCCAAGGACCAUAUUUACCAUCCUGUCUCAGCCGGGAGGGGCCUGGUCUAUACAAGAAUGCCGCCUUGUCGUACGCACAGAACUAUCAUCGGGAGCCUACGCUGAGUGUGUUUGCGCCAUCGCUAUCCUCGAAACCGAGAGCCACGAAGGAAAUUGACUUGUGGACAGACUAUUGGAACCAGCAACUUCCGCCGAAUUGGAGUCGAUGCACCGCACCAGAUGUCACGUUCAGCUCGGAGACUUCAAACCAACAUCUAUCUAUGGCAGAGGCCAAGUCAUAUUUUCAUGACAGCUAUACUUCUGGGAGAUCAGCCAUCCUGAAAUUUGUCACUGGAUGCUUUCCCUUUCUGAAUUAG